AUGAAAAAAUUAUGGAUAUAUUUGGUAUUAUUGCAUAUCCUUCUUUUUAAUUUAUGUAACAAUGUAAUUAAGAAAUGUACACCAUCUUUGAACUCAUAUUUUUACAAAAACAAUACGCUUAAAUAUAAUAAAAAAAGAAAAAAGGAUAAUUUUCAAUAUCCAUAUUAUAUUUAUAAUAUAUACGACUAUGUGACCAAAAAAAAAAAUCUAUUAAAAAAUUGCACACAUUAUUUUGGUAAAACAUGCUACCACAAUAAUGAUAUUUUUAAAAAAAAAAAAUAUGAACAGUUCAGAAAAUUUAGAAGCGUAAGACAAAAAUUAUUUUAUUUUAGUAACACUAUUUGCAUUAAUGGUCAUAAUAAAUAUAAGUUAUUAAAAAAAAGAGUAAAACGAAAAAGGGAAGAAAAUGGAAAGGAACAUUCUACUAUACCCAUAAGUUUGUCCUUUUUUGAUGAAAACGAACAUCACGCAGACACAAAUAAAAAAAAUGAAUCAUUUUCAAAUGAUCGCACCACACAUGAUGAAGAAAAAAAAAACUUGAAUGAAAUUAGUACCUCUUAUGUAGACCAAAGAAAUGAACAAAAUUUUAGUCAAGCGAUUAAAAAAACAGAGGAAUAUAUUAAAGGUAAAGAAGAUAAUAUUAUAGAAGAAAGAGAAAUAAUUAAAAAAAAAAAAGUCAUAGAAAAUUUAAAGGCUCAAGAAAAUGCUUUUUCUGAUAAACCACUCGAUUUAAGUAUGCAUGACAUAUUAAAACAUAUUUAUAAAAAUGGGAUAUAUAGUAGCUCGAAAGUUUUAGUAAAUGAUAUAUGUGUGUGGAUGAAAAAUGCUUAUGUGGAUUUCCUGAAAUCAAAAAGAGACGAAUUGAAAAAAGAACAAAAUGAAUUAGCUAAACAAGAAAAUGAAAUUGCAAGCAAUGUAACAAAAACAAUAAAUAAUUCAAAUGAAAAAAAAGUUGUAGACAGUGAUAUUUCGAAUGAUCAUGAUAACGAAAAAAAAGAUUGCUAUAAUUUUAUUUUUGAUAAAAACGAUGAUGAACAGUUGGGCACAUAUGUUGAAUCACUUAAAUUAUAUAAUAAGAAAAAUUUAAGCAAAUAUUUUUUUUCUUUCAAUAGAGGGAAUAUAUUGAAACAGCUAGUAACAGAAGGUGAAGAUGAUAUUUUAGAAGAAAAGGAAAAAAAAGGAAUAAAUAAAAAAAAAAAUAACAUAAAAAAAGAAUUAGCUAUACAAGAUAAAAAGAAUACUAUAUUUGAUGACCAUGUUCAAGCAAUCUUAUCAAAUCCAAUGUUAAAAGAGGAUGAAGAUUAUUAUAUUGAUAAAAAGAGAUAUAUGAAAUCAAAUGUUACUAUUGAAUUUAAUAUAUAUGAUACAUAUAAUGAUAAAAUAAUUUUAAAUAAUAAAAAUACAAAUUCUACUAUGAUAGAAUUCCCAUUAUUAUAUAGUCACAAUAUUAUACAGAAAUGUAUACUUACUAUGAAAAAACUUGAAAAGUCAAUUUUUUACAUUAAUAAUAAUUUGUUGUUCAGAAAUUUUAUUUCAAAUGAUCACCCUGUUACUGAUCAUGACAAAAGUGUGUAUGAUGUUAUAUUAAAUGAAAAUUGGAUUAAAAUUGAAAUGCAUUUAUGUAAUAUUUAUGGAACGAAUGAAAAAUGGAUGGGUAUAUCUCCGAAUUCCUUUUCGAAUGAACAAACAACAAAAUCUUUUUUAUCUGAAUAUUCAUUAGGAUCAUCAAACAAUUUGAUAGGCGAACAAAUUGCAUCUAAAAAAGACCCAAUUACAAUGGAUGAAAAUUCUAAACCAAAUUUUGAAAAGGAAAAAAAUAAAAUCAAUAAACCAGAUGACGAAAUAAAUAAGAAAUUGGAUAGCAUUAUAAAUGAUAACAAAAAAAUGAAAAGUCAAAAUAAUAGUGAAAUCAGCGAAAGACAAAAAGAAAUUAUAAAAAGAAGAAAAGAACAUGAAACUAGAAAAGAAUUAGAAAUAAAAAGUGAAUUUUUAUUGAAAAAAUUAGAAAAUGAAAUGAAAUAUGAUCCAGAUCAUUAUAUGUGGAAAGAUUUAUAUCCACAAUUAGAUGAACAUCAUAAAAAAAGAACAGAUAAAUAUUUUGAUGAUUUAAAAAAAGAAAUGAGUGAAAAUAAAUAUAGUAGAGGAUAUACUGAUAAUAUUAAAAAAAAACAAACUUUAAAAGGAUAUGAUUUAGGCGAAGAAAUUGAAGGACGAACUAAAUAUUAUUUCUGGAAAGAAAAUAUUCAUAGUUUUUCUUUAUAUUUUUUGUUACAUUUAUAUGUAAAAAAAACAGAUAUUCUUAUUGAUAUAGAUAAUCAUUUUUUUUCCCUUUCAAUUUAUGGUUAUACUAUAAUUAAAGAUAUGUUUAACCACCCAAUAAAUCACUCCGAUUCUGUAUGGACUCUAACUGACAAUGACCAAACACUUAUCUUUGCAAAAAAUGAAAACAAUAACAAUAAUAAGGAUUUCCCAGUAUAUGAAAUCACUUAUAUUGAUGAACAAGAUAUUAAAAAAUUUAUAAAAAAAAAAUAUUGUCUUAUUUACAAUAUUUACAAAGAUAACAAUCACAAAUACAUGUGGGGAUCUAUAUUUAAAACAUCGUGA